AUGUCCUACGAUUUGCACGGAAAGUGGGAUCUUGGUAAUCAAUGGACCGGCGAAUACCUGAAUCCCCAUACCAAUCUGACCGAGAUUGGUAAAGCAUUGGAUCUCUUGUGGCGCAACAAGAUCGAUUCUUCCAAAGUUGUCAUGGGUCUCGCAUUUUACGCCCGAGCAUAUACCUUGGCCGAUCCAAGCUGUGUCAAGCCAGGCUGCAUAUUUGCUUCGGGGGCCAACCAAGGCAACUGCAGCCGAGAAGUUGGAAUCCUACUGAAUAGUGAGAUUGAUCAGAUCAUCGCAGAUCAUCAGCUUUCCACUACUUUUUACGAAGACGCUGCCGCUUAG